UUAUAUAAGAUGGGUCACUCCGAUCCCCGAAAGGUGUUGUUUGCCAUGAAAGCUGGGUUAUCCUUAGCUCUCGUGUCGCUAGCUGUAUAUAUUCAGGAUCAUUCUCCCUUUAACAAGCUUACGCGGUACUCAGUUUGGGCCAUUCUCACGGUCGUUGUGGUUUUUGAAUUCAGCGUUGGUGCAACCCUUACCAAAGGAUUUAAUCGUGCUUUAGGAACAUUCUCUGCAGGAGGGCUUGCUCUGGGUAUUGCACGAUUAUCCGUAUUAGCUGGAAGUUAUAAUGAGCUUGUUAUCACAGUCAAUCUGUUCAUAGCAGGGUUUUUUAUAACCUAUGUCAAACAGUACCCUGCAAUGAAGUCAUACGAAUAUGGAUUUCGUGUUUUUUUGUUGACGUUUUGCAUUGUACUGAUAUCUGGGAGAAGGACAUCAGAAUUCUUUUUCACAGCUGCGUCCAGAUUAGUUUUUAUUGCUCUAGGUGCUGGCAUAAGUCUUUUUGUAAAUAUUUUAAUAUGCCCCAUCUGGUCCGGGGAGGAUCUGCACAAAUUGGUGGUAAAACAUUUCAAUGGUGUUGCUAAGUCUUUAGAAGGUUGUGUAAAUGGUUACCUGCAAUGUUUUGAGUACGAGAGGAUCCCUUCAAAAAUUCUUAUUCAUCAAGCCUCUGAUGACCCUCUUUACAGUGGUUAUAGGUCAGCAGUACAAUCGGCAAGUCAAGAGGAGUCUCUGUUAGAAUUUGCGUUAUGGGAACCACCUCACGGCCCAUACAAAACGUUCAGCUAUCCUUGGAGAAAUUAUGUGCAACUCAGUGGAGCUUUAAGGCAUUGUGCUCUCAUGGUCAUGGCAAUGCAUGGGUGCAUACUUUCAGAAAUACAGGCAGCGCCUGAAAAGAGGCAAGUUUUUCGCGAAGAGCUUCAAAAGGUUGGGAUUGAAGGAACAAAAGUACUACGUUUACUUGGAAACAAAGUUCAAAAGAUGGAAAAGCUGAGGGGGAGAAGCAUACUGUUUGAAGUGCACGAGGCAGCCAAGCAAUUGCAAAUAAAGAUCGAUCAAAAAUCAUUCCUUCUAGUCAAUUCAAAGAGCUGGGCAGCUGCAAAACAUCCCAAUGAAUUAGAACAAACUGAGAAUUUGGUGCAGGAUAACAUGCCACCACAAAGUGAGGCAAGGGAUAGUUCAGAAGACUCUUGCAUCCGGAAAUGGAGUUCUGUGGGUAAUGUCGGGAAAAUGGGAUCAUGGCCUUUUCUACCAUUUGAUGCAGAUGCCAUGAAUGUGAUGGAUGAGCAAAAUUCUGAGGUAUAUGAAAGCGCGAGCUCCUUGUCUUUAGCAACAUUUGCUUCACUUUUAAUUGAGUUCGUUGCAAGGCUUCAGAAUCUUGUAGAUGAGUUUGAAGAAUUGAGUGAGAAAGCAAACUUCAAAGAUUCCUCAGGCUAG